UUCGUUUUUCGGUGGAUGAAUCCGAAUGCUGGUUGUUGGCGAUGUUGGGAUUGCGGGCUUGCGAAUAGGGUUGGCAUGAGCCAGGUCCCACAAACGUCUUUCCUUCUCGUCCAAGGCCUGACGAACGAAACCCGGAGCUUUUUUGGCUUAAUGUGCUCGUGUGAGCGAUCCCUGGAGCAGCAUUCGACGAUGGAGGUCCUACUCCAGCCUGCUCCUGUGCGAGCUUCGACAGCUUUCCUUUCAAAUGGCGAGGCCGCUGAAUCGAGCCAUAGGUUUUCAACGCUGUCUUCGUCACGGACACUUUGUGUAGAACGGAGGUCCGGUGUUGGAAAUGGUGCAAGCUGGAGGUUUGAUGUGCCUCCUCAGUCCUGCAGGAAGGUUUCUGCAGGAUUUGUUGGUAUUAGCGAGCGUGUUGAGCCUGAUUCGCAGAUGGGUUCGUUGCCUCGCACCAGGGUUUGGGACUCAAAGGUUUCGAAAUGGAGUCAAAUGGGUCGGAAACAAGGUCGGAGUCUUCAUGUUGUCUGUGCAGCAGAGAGUGACGGAGAGACGACCAGGAGUAAGCUCGGGAGUAUCAUAAAAAAUAAGCAGAGGAUUCUGGAAUCGCAAUUGAGGGGAAUGGCGGAAGGAGAACUGGAGUCGAAAUUGGCACUGACGAAAGCGGUGAUGAAGCCGUAUAACCUUCUUGAUACCAUUGCACAGCAGAUUAUGGAGGGGCGCACUUCCGUUGUUGUUGAAGCUGCCCGCUUAUCACCCUCAGAAACGCCUGAAAUGCUUGCAGAGCGUUGUGUGAAAUACGUGGAAUGGGGAGCUACCGCUAUAUCAGUCUGUACCGAUGAGGAAAGCUCUCCAAACGGUUUGGCAGACUUGACUGCAGUAUGUCAAGCUGUCACAGUACCUGUUCUACGGAGGGAUUGGAUCAUCCACCCAUUGCAGAUUGCGGACACAUGUGAGGCAGGUGCCACUGCCCUGACAACAGUUUAUUCUAUUCUUAGCAAAGGAUUGCCAGCUAUCUUGAACUACGCAGUCUCGCUGGGUCUCGAUGCUGUCGUUGAGGUCAUAAACAUGAAGGAGUUGCAGGAAGUUGCAACACUUGGAAUACCCAUCUAUGGCAUCAACCUCUCUGUCGGCCUUGCGAUAUCCAUGCCGUCAAUAAGACAAGAUAUUUCUAAGUCAUUGAUUGGGGAGAUCCCUUUUGGAGCUUCAUCCAUGGUGGGCGUUUACUCCAUCGAAGAGGCGAGAACAAUGAAGAUAGCGGGUGCUGAUGCCGUGUAUAUCAAGCACGAGGUUUUACAUGGUCCACAAGCGACUGAGAAGAAUGCCCAAGUUUUUCUAGAAAACCUGCGGGAAGCUAUGUCUGGCGACGACUAGUAGUAUGGCUUUUGUUGUUGAACUGAGUCCCAUGUACACUUCUGCUCCUGUAUUGGCUAUUGAAUGUUAUUUGAGCGUGAAAAUUUUCAUUUCCUUUACUUUUGAACUCUUCUUCAGGCAUUGCCAUUCUUCGCAUUAGUGGAGACUUGGAUGGUGUUUGUCGACUGUUUUCUCAAGUAAUUAGUCGAACAGACUGUGUUGCAGUGGCAGCUCUAUUGUUGAAGACUGAAUGGAAUUUCGUGGCAUCGACAAUUCCAGAGUUAUUUGGUGACGAAUCACAGCAUUGUCAUGCAGGAUGAUCUAGUUGGCUCAUCAUUGAUGAACAUGUCUAACUCUUCAUGAACA